GCACGGCGGCGGCGGCGGCCGCGGAGGUCGAAGGGACGACGAGGACGACGAGGAGGUCGAGGAGUCCGGCAUCCAGGCGCAGCUGCCGACGCGGCUGCAGCUCGGCGUGCUGGUGGGCACAGCGCUCGUGCUGACCCUGGUGGCCGACUUUACCAGCUCGACCUGCCCCGUGACGAGCGCCUACCUGUCAUACGCGCGGAUCGACUUUUCGAUCAUGGAGAACGUCACCGUGCAGCAGCAGAGCUAUGAGGAGGGGCUCUCCUUCGAACUGCCGGCGCAGAUGAUGUUCCUCGCCGCCUGCGCCAUGGCGGCCUUCGGCGUGUGCGCCCUCGCUGCCGGUGCGCGCGUGGCCGACGACAUCUUUGCGAUGGUGUUCGCCGUCGGCACCGGCACUGUGAUGGUUGGCUGGCUUGCGCCGCUACUACUCGCCUCCGAGCACCUCGAGGUGGAGCUCGUGACGACGUGGGGAACGACGGCCUGGUGGGGCAACCGCACCGCCGACCCUGUCGUGCACGGCGCCGAGUACAAGUUUCCGCUCGACCUGACCUGCGGAGGAGCGCUCUACCUGACGCUCCUCGUCAUCGGGCUGGCGAUGCUCCUCUCCCGGCUGAUGCUGCCGGUCGCUCUCGCGGCCACGGGGCUCCUCUCGGGGGUCACUGCUGUGCGCCUGCUCGCAAACUUCUUCCCGCAGCUGCUUGUCCACGCGCCGCGGCAGGAGGUGCUCUGGUCGUGCGGGCAGCAGUGCGUCGUCCCGCUCUCGCUGACGGUGUACGCGCCCGAGUCGCUGCUGCCCGACGGCUUCGGCGCAGAGGUCUACCUGGGCUACCCCGUCCAGUGGUUCUGGUACCUCGCGGCUCCCUUCGCCAUCGCGCAGGCCGGGCGAGUGCUUUGUCGAGGCGUUCGAGACGGACACGGCGCGAGGCGCUCCUCGCGCGGGCCUGCUCAGCGGCGUCUUCCAGGUGGUGCUCUUCGUCGCCGGCAUCGCGGUGCAGUACGCCGUCUUCCCGCCCGACGGCAUGCGCGAGGCGAGGGCGAGGGACAAGGCGCGGCGCCAGUCCCGCUACCUCGAGCUCAACGACAACUGACGGGGCGGAGGGAGGCGCGUGCAGCCUCGUGGCGCCAGGGACCGGCGCGGCGCCCUGGCUACCAAGCGCCGGCUUGUACGGCUUAGUUUACGCCCCGGUUGCCCGUUACGAGGGGGCAGGGGCCCGCCCUGCCCCUGGCCGCGGGGCGCGGGCGCCGGGCGCUACCGCGGGAGUAAUUUGGAUUUCGUGUGGUUGGAACCCGGGAGUACACAUGUACGAACGUCCUUGAUGCUUGAACUCCAGGGUACAGGUAUGCCAGGCCCUAAAACGCUAACACACGGGCCCCGCACAGGCCACAGCCGUGGCGGAGUGUCCACAGACACACACGCCCUGCCCCCCCCCCCUCCCCCCUGCCUGCCGGCGGGAAGUGCACCGCAUGCCACAUAUGUGAGGAUGGCAGACCUGUGGUCCUCCGCUGGGACGGCGCUCUCUCACCCGGACGGCGGUACCCGCCAGACGGGCGGCGAGGAGGCGCUGGCGCCGGCCGUCUGCGUGCGUCUGAGCGCGGCCAUCGCCUCGCGGCGGGUCUCGCCGCCGUCGAAGUAGCACGUCUUUGGGUCGCCCUUGAAGUAGCACGACAUGCAGUCGAUCUUGUCCAGCGUCGAGAGGUACUCCGUGAGCUCGUCGCGCGAGAUGUCAGCAGACUCGUCGCCGUCGAUCGCGCGCAGCAGCUGCUCGGGCGACGGCGCCGGCUGCCCCGUCCCUGCAAGGAGCUUGCAGAUCUCCGGCGUCUGCUGCAGCGCGCGGCGCAGCUCGUGCAUCGAGAUGCGCCCGUUGGCGUCCGAGUCCAUCGCCGAGAAGAUGAGGUACACGAGAGAGUCGCGGAACUCCGCCGCCUCCUCCAUCUCGCUGCAGCCCACGUCGCCGAUCGAGUGGUAAGAGACGUGCGUCAAGCGAGAGCUGCUGCGCAGGCUCUGGUCCGAGCUGCAGCCUUCCGAGGAGCGGUUCAGCACAUUCCCCUCGCUGUUGUGCCGGUUGAGGGCCGCCCCCCGCCACUCGCCCAGCGACUCCCACCCCCUUGCCGCCAGCCCCGCCCCCUCCGC